AUGCCACAGGUGGAGCGAUAUGUUGCACACGCAGAAAAGGAAUCAGCUGCAGAACUUUUCGUCCACUUCCGAAGGAUUGUCGACAAGUACAUUGUCUCGGGGUCGGAGCUGGAACUGAACAUCGAGAGCGCCAUGCGAAAUAAAGUGCUCGAGGUCGGGGAAAGGGUGAUAUUUGUGGAGGCUGGGAUGGAACGGCAGAGAGGUAUCUUCAACCCUUCGAAGGAAGAAGCGCACAAGAUUCUCGAUGACAAUCUGCUCCAGUCGUUUUUGACCAGCCGGAAAUUUCUCGACGCCUGCCUACGUUGGCAGGAAGCACAAGCCGCAGGGGAGAACAAAUAG